AUGAUGCGACUCCUACUCGCCGCACUCGCGGCCAUCCACCUCGUCACAGCCCAACGCAUCGGCACCCCGGAGGUCCACCCACAACUCCAAACAUGGAAAUGCACCAACUCAACCGGUUGCACGGCCCAAAAUACCUCCGUCGUGCUCGACGCCCUCUCCCACCCGCUCCACGCAAUCGGGAACAGCAGCAUCUCCUGCAGCGACUGGAGCAGCGGGCUAAGCAAAGAGCUCUGCAGCACGAAAGAAUCCUGUGCAAAGAACUGCGUCCUCGACGGCGCAGACUACACCUCCCACGGCGUCCAAACAAAAGGAGGCAGUCUAAUUCUGCACCAGUACCAAAAAUCCAAUGGCGCCGUGUCGGCCGUCUCGCCGCGCGUCUACCUGCUCGACGAAUCGGGCAAGAACUACGAUAUGCUCCGGCUGCUCAAUCAGGAGAUUAGCUUUGAUGUCGAGCUCUCGUCGCUUGUGUGCGGCAUGAAUGGUGCCCUGUAUCUGUCCGAGAUGCUCCAGUCUGGUGGACGGGGUAGGCUCAAUCCUGCGGGCGCGGAGUACGGGACUGGAUACUGCGAUGCGCAGUGUGGGACCAGCCCGUGGAUCAAUGGGGUUGCGAAUACGGAGUCGCGCGGCUCGUGCUGUAGUGAGAUGGAUCUUUGGGAGGCGAAUGCGCGAUCUACAGCGCUGACGCCGCAUGCUUGCAAUAUCACUCGGUUGUAUGCGUGCACUGGUGAUGAUUGUGGGAGUAAUGGGGUGUGUGAUAAGUCGGGGUGCGGAUUCAAUCCGUAUGCGCUUGGGGAGAAAGAUUACUAUGGGUAUAACAUGACGGUCGACACGACAAAGCGUUUUACGGUUGUCACUCAGUUCGUGACGGAUGACCACACGGCACGUGGGAGGUUGUCUGAGAUUAGACGACUGUAUGUGCAGGGUGGGAAGGUCAUUCAGAAUGCUGUGGCGAAGGUAUCUGGUACCGAGAUUGAUUCCAUCACUGAAGGGCUUUGCGAAAGCUCUGCUGGUUACUUCCAAAAGAUGGGAGGGUUGAAGCAGAUGGGGAAUGCGCUUCGGCGGGGCAUGGUGUUGAUUUUCAGCGUUUGGAAUGACUCGAGUCAGUUUAUGAAUUGGUUGGAUAGUGGGAGUGCGGGACCUUGUAAUAGUACCGAGGGUAACCCGGAUAUUAUCCAGGCGCAGCAUCCGGAGACUUCGGUGACUUUUUCCAAUAUUCGUUGGGGUGAUAUUGGAUCUACUUAUACCUAUGCCCAGAAGUAG